GCUCUUAUUCAAGGGCGGUGCGGGCGAGGGUGUGAAAGGAGGAGAGUGGGGUUUGUGUGCGUGUUUGCGUGUGCCUUCUCACGUUUUUUGCCUCACACGUCGAGCUGGCUGACAAGACGGAGACGCCUCUCCGCUAAGCCUAAACUGGAGAGAGGCUCCCAGCUGGUCGACAACGCUGGGAAGCCAGGGGCGGAUUGAUUGACAAGGGCGUGACCGCACGGUCAAAUCUGCGGUGUUGGAGUGCUUCGCCUGGCCCUGAUUCGGACGACGAGGGAACGCCGAGGCAGACGAUCGUAACCGCGGGCCAUGCAGACGACGCCCAAGUUCUCCCUGCUGCCGCUGUUGGUGAUAGCGGCGCUGGUGCCUUCCAGAGAAGCCAAAAUAGAGCAAGUGAAAAGAGCCUGUGUUGAAGUGGAAGUCGUGGCGGAUAAGUGUGCCAGGAAGCACUACGACACUUACAAGUUGGACCACUCGAAGACGCAGCCGUUCGUGAAGAAAUGUUUCUCCAACCGGGCGCACGUCACCGACCUGAUGCUGGACUGCGCUGAACCCAUGGCGCUGGGCAUCUUUAUGACUUGCAGCGUGGAUGCCGUCCAAGACAGUUCGGGCAAAGACAAGCGAGAUCCGGACUUCCUGCAACGCACCAAGGCUUACAAGGCGUGCAUGACGAACAGACUACAGGGCACGGUGCCGGCGGAGACGGACCCAUACGAGUUCGACAAGAAUCGCAAGAAAAUGUCACGCCGACUCGCGGACCCCUCCGGGGAAGGCCUAUUCAACAAAGUGUUUUCCCACUACGCACACGACUCACUCUUUCUCAGUUCUGCUGCCUCUGCGAUUUCAAGCAGCGUGUCUGAAAAAUCAGUGUCGCCGCAAGGGCGAAUUAAUGAAAACGCUAGCGACAAAUUGGUAUGUCAUACGAAGAUAGGCUAGCAGCU